AUGGAAUCGAGGACGCAAGCGGAAGACAAAGCCCAUAGUUUCUCAGGCCCGAUAAAUGAUUCGUUCCGUAACACGUUGGGCCACCAUGAUCAGAUGCAGUCUCCCAGUUGCACGGCCAACAAAGGCACAGCAUUUUCAUAUGAUGUUGAUAUCCCCUUUCAUGCAGGUCUAUCCUUGAUGAAGAGUGGCAACCUACCUACCCGGCGCUGGACUGAUGAUAACCUUUCAUCGCUUCAUUCAGGGCCAGGUCUAAACGCGGACUCAACACAGCAUCACACCUUUGACCACGCGAGCAGGCUAUUAGCAAUAGAAGACGACUUCAAUGUUGAUUCCGGGGUUUUGUUUCAGGAUCCAAAGGAGCAUCUCGCUGACCGUCCCUCGCGGCCCACUGCCUCGAACUGGAUGCAACAGCAGCAAAUAUACAAGUACAACCUACCGUCUGUAACAGGAGAAGCCCGCCACCAUAAAUCAAAUGGAUCUACCGUGCUGACGAGAAAGGUCGACCUGUUCUCAGAUCCCACGCUCUCACCCACUUCCUCGCCUUCCCCCGGUGGCACUAUGGCUUACCAGGACAACUGGUUUCAUCAACGCCUGGAGAACUACGGGAUCCAGCAGAUGGUCCAGUCUCCAGGCUGCUCGGCGUCAAAUGCUGCUGCUUCAUAUUCGCAGGCCUUGGACCGGCGUGAGAGUCUAUCACACCUUUCAACCGUGAGCAGAGACUCCGAUCGGUCACCCCUGGAUAAUAAUACACCCAUGUCGACACCACGAUAUAGCUCGACCUUGAUGAGCCACACGGCACACAGCCCGCCCAUACCGACUACUAGUGAUAGCUCUGAGCCAUCAUGCCAGCGGUAUCAGGACUCAGCGAUUGCGGUUACAAUACCAAGCCAUACAUCACCACCUCCCCCUCCACCACGACAAAUACUGCGAUCCCAGCCAUGCGACGUGCCUUCCAUGAAUUCGUGGCAUUCAGAGCCCAUCGACAUCUCUGUUUUCCAAUGCUCCCAGCCUAACAUCCAACGUCAUGAGUCAGAGCAGUGGUGGACGACAGCACCGUCUCAGGCUAUCUCAAAUACAAACGUGCAACCGCCAUUUCCUCACGCAAGUUAUUCCUCGGCUGUGACACCAACCCCUAUGCCCUUUCGAAAUCAACACCAGCGGUUUAUCCACAUUCCAGAAUCAAUGCAGAGUUCUGGCCUCAUGAUCCACAUGGAUACAACUUCACCAGAAAUCACCACUUCUAUCCAGGAGCCGGCCAUGUCGGUUCCUCCACUGCCUUGUUCUGAGGCGGCGUUGACACCAGCCUACUCGUCUCUUCCAUAUAUACCACCGCAGCAUCAAAGAACCCAUCAACCCCCACCCAUCCAAACCUCUCACCUCUCCAUUCCAAUAUCACACUCUGCACCAACUAUAUCUGGGGCUCCUCGGUCGGCCCCAGUAAUAAGCAGGAGACUGACGCCAGGAUCGAUCCCGCAACAAUCGCCGAAGUCCAGAUACCACGUUCCAGCACACCAGCGCCGUGGACAGCAUUCUCGAAAAGCGGCUAGUUUCUCUGGUCAAGCCACGAAAUGUACCAAGGCAACUUCAUCCAACACCUCUACUCAUUCUAGCAUUAGCGCUAACUGCAAUAAUGUUAUUAAUAAAGCGGCUAAGAACGUAUCUUUCGUUAACUUUACGCCAGAAGAUAGUCAUAAGCUACUAUCAGGGGUUGCUCCCAGUGGAAGCUCCAAGACCAAAGCAAGGCGCGAGCAAGAAGCUCGUGAUAAGAGAAGAAAGCUUUCCGAAGCUGCGUUGAUGGCUGUCCGAAGAGCAGGCGGCGACGUCGAAGCUCUAGAGGCUGUUUUUUGCUAA